AUGCGUAUUGCUCUUAGUGCGAAGAACAAACUUGGGUUCAUUGAUGACUCCAUCAAAACUCCUCCAAUCACUGAUGCCAAGUUCCCUAUUUGGCAGCGAUGCACUGAUAUGGUUCUCUCAUGGAUAUGGCGGUCUGUGAAGCCCACCAUUGCUUCUAGUAUACUCUAUUGCAAAACCGUAUUUACGGCCUGGAAGGAUCUGGAGGAUCGGUUCUCACAAGGAAAUAAUUUACAGAUCUAUCAAAUUCGACAGGAAAUUGUCGAACACCGACAAGGACAACUUUCUGUUUCUGAAUAUUACACCACACUCAAGGAUCUUUGGGAUGAAUUGGCUUCUUAUCAUGAGCCAAUUCAAUGUGACUGCGAGGGAUCCAAGACACUUGCAGAAAGGGUAGAAAAAGAACGGGUUAUGCAAUUCUUGAUGGGAUUAAAUGACACCUACUCCACUGUUCGAGGAUCGAUCUUGAUGAUGAACACACUCCCAGAUACACGCCGGACUCAUGGUCUAAUUCUUCAACACGAGAGGCAAAUGGAUGUGGCCAACCGCCGUGAAACUCUACCCAACACUCAUGCAAUGCUAGCAAGUCGUACUACUGCACCAAAAGGUAGCUCUAAUUCUGGAAAUUUUAAUUCUCAUAAACCGUUGAAAUGCAGCUAUUGUGAUGGAGAUGAACAUCUGGCAGAUCAUUGUUACUAUAUUCAUAGGUUUUCGGUCAGUCAGAAAUGGCAUGGCAAAAAUAUGACACCAAGAAAUAAGCGACCAGGAGCAGCAGCUCACCACACCGAAUUUAUUCAGGCGACAUCAAGCACUACUGAAGCGACCAGGCCCACCACCUCAAUUGGUCCCAUGUUCACCACUAAAGAGUAUAAUCAACUCAUUACCAAGCUCCGCAAUGGAAAUGGUAAUGGUGCACCACUUGCAAAUGCAAUAGGUAUUAUUACUCCUUAUUGUAAUAUGGUAAAAUAUGAUCCACAUUCACAACUUUAUUGGAUCAUUGAUAGCUGGGCAACAGAUCACAUAUCUCGAUUGCCACCCUCACAUAAUAUAGCUGCCACUCAACAUGAUUUUGUGGGAUUACCUAACGGGGGGAAGGUCAAAAUUAAAAGCAUUGGAUCUAUCAAAUUAUCACAUGAGGUUCCUACCCAUUCAGGAGCACGCUAUUUUCUAACCUUUGUCGAUGACUCCACCCGUUUCACAUGGGUUGUUGAACGUAAACAUCACCAUCUUAUAAAUAUUGCCUGGGCACUCCGCUUUCAAGCAAACUUACCAUUACAAUUCUGGGGGGAGAGUGUCCAAACCGCUUGCUAUCUCAUAAAUCAUAUUCCCACACCUCUACCAUCUCACAAAUCUCCCUAUGAACUCUUACAUGGUCAUAUGCCUAAUUAUUCUCACCUUCGGGUACUUGGUUGCCUUUGUUAUGUCACACAUCUUCUUCCUUCUUCCAAAUUUGAUGCUCGUGCUCGUCUAUGUAUUUUUCUCGGGUACCCCAUUGGUCAAAAAGGUUACCGUGUAUAUGAUCUUCCAACCCAUAAAUUUUUCACAUCUCGUGAUGUCUAUUUUCAUGAGAGCACAUUUCCUUUUCACACAACAACUCCAGUAGAUAUCCCUAUUGUUUUACCAAUCUUACCACAUGAUACAUCACCUCUUCCCUCACAUGGCCCAAUAGAAAAUGACCCAUCAUACCAUAAUGAACCUGCACCUUUCACUCUCCAUGUUCCACCUAUUACUCCACUUCUAGAUACCACCAACUCCACUCCACCAAACCCCAGCCCGAUAAUCUCCACCAUACCACUUGAACAACAUGCCACGACCAACCUUCCCUCUUCUCCUCGCAAAUCAAGUCGCAUCACACGACCACUGGCCCACUUCAAGGAUUACACGGCUCAUCAUGCUGCCUUGCUUGGGCCAAUCGUUGUAUCUUCCUCCACGUCUAGCACACGAUAUCCUCUUCAUCGAUAUGUUUCUUAUGCUCACUUAUCUCCUGCCCAUCGAGCUUUUGUAUAUCACAUAUCACAGAUAGUGGAACCAUCUACAUAUGAAUAG